AUGCACAUCUCCACCUUGGUCUUGAUCAUCGGCGCCGCUUCCUUGGUCGCUGCGAACGGAACGCCGCCUCCACCAUGCGGUACCUGCAACCCUGUCUCCGGCAAGAAUCGCUGUGAUGUGACCACCUCGUGCAUCAACACUGGCACAUCCUUCCACUGCGCCUGCCAUGCUGGCUAUAAGGCGUCACAGAAUAACAACGAUGUCAGUCGUCAGUUCCGCCUGCCGAUGCCGAACUACGAGUUCCUUGUUUUCGUUCCUGAGAAUACGGCUUGCAAUACACUUUGCAACAAUCCCUUCGGUAUGCCGUCGGAGCUUUGUAAUGAGGUUAAACUUUACAACCAGUGCCCGGCUUAA